UUAUCCGAUGGCAAAGAGACAUCACAUUUACAAUGGCUUCCAGCCACUAUAUCUGGUAUAUAUGUCAAAUGUGUUGUCAGCACGGUAGAAAAUGCUCGGUCAUUACAAAUAUUACAUGACCUUUCACCUUCACCAUGGGAACUAAUUGUCAGGCCAUUAAACACUUCAACCAGAAUAGAUAUCGUACAACAUUAUCUUGGAAGAUACAGCAAGAGACUUGAUCCAAAUCAGCUAGCACUGCUGACUAAAUGUGAUGGUGCCAAGAAUGCUCUGUGGUUAACAUUGGCAUGUGAGGAACUGCGUGUAUUUGGUGUAUUUGAAAGACUCACUCAAAGGAUACAGACAUUGCCCGGCAAGCUAGAGGGUCUUUUAUCUGAUAUACUUAACAGAUUGGUGAAGGAAGAUCUCACUGACUGCAUCGCCAAGGUGUUAAGUCUACUAUAUUGCUCACAGGCAGGUCUUCUUGAAACAGAAUUGCAGAUGUUACUUGGUGAUGUGGAGUCCAACACUCCUUUACCAAUGCUACCAUGGGCUCAGGUUAGACGAACAUUGAAACCAUUUUUACGUAACAUUGGUCUGGUUGGUGGUGUUGAGAGAUGGGAUUUCUUCCAUCAAUCCAUAGCAAAGGCAGUUGAAGAUCACUGGUUACAGGAUGUGGAAAACCGUAAAAACUGUCAUCUGGAGUUAGCUGAUUUUUAUCAGUAUUAUAACAAUAAUAACUUUGCUGUUACUCAAAAUCUCCCAUAUCAUUUACAAAGAGCUGGUCAGAUUCAAAGAAUGGUAGAAUUUUUCCAGAAAGAUCAACGUUCUUUACAAAUGAACCAGGCACACAAGUCACAGUAUCUCAGGGAUUCAAGUAUCAAGGAAAUGCUCGCGACAACCCCUUCGCUUUAA